AUGGAUCACAUCACCAGCCUGCUCACCAUCAAGGAAAUACGAAAAGCUCUGAUCUCGUUACCCGUCAAUUAUGACGAGGCAUACCUAAGCACGUUUGACCGUAUAGUCAAGCAAACCCCUAGUCUGAGGGAUCUUGCCUUGAAAUCAUUGAACAUUAUUUCUUACGUCAAGGAGCCUUUGCGACUGGUCGAGCUUCAACACGCCCUCAUUGCGGAACAAGGCAUGGUUGAAGUGGACCCUGAGGAUCUUCAUCCUUCUAAAGCCAUCAUCUCAUCAUGCCUUGGACUGCUUGUAGUUUCGGGAGCGGAGAAAACUGUCCAGUUUAUACACUCGACUGCGCGAAACUUCCUACAGAGUCGACCCGAAGGGAUGGAUAAGCGGCCCCAUCUGACGAUUGUUCGCAGUUGCAUCUCGUACAUGUCAACCACUGAGAUGCGCCAGGGCCGCAGUCUAUCCCACGAGGACGUCACUCAGCGUUGCCAAAAGCAGCCUUUCCUCAAUUAUGCAGCGAACUUCUAUGGCUAUCACGCUCAAGAAGUCCAAGAUGAAUGCUUCGACCAGCUUUCGGGGUUUCUAGAGAAUGAUGUUCUUCGGGAAAGCUCGUGGCAACUCUUGAACUUCAAAGCGCACCUCGAUACUUGUGUCUCCGAGUCUGUGUUUGAAUCUAGUCCCAGAAAUGUGCUGUCUCUGCACGUGGCCGCAUUCUGGGGGUUUGAAACUUACAUUGAUCGCAGCUUGAGUUACACACGGCAGGGAACUCCAAGCACCCAGAAACAGAAUCUAAAUAAGAGUGACUCUCACGGAUGGACGCCUUUGCACUGGGCCGUGUCCAUGGGCCAUAAGAGUGUAGUUGCGAUUCUUCUCAGAUCAGGAGCCAGUCCUGAUCUUCCAGAUCUUGCAGGAUGGACGCCAACAUUCUGGGCAGCUUUCAAGGGCCACGCAGAUAUCAUUGAAAUGCUCUGGCGCUAUGAUAACGCUCCAUUCCGAUGCGAUAAGAAAGGACUCACUCCACUUCACUGGGCAGUAUCCGCGGGCCAAACCGAAAUUGUGAAGCGGCUUUUAGAUCUCAAGACACGCUUUAGACAGUACGAAACGUCGCCAGUACUCUCACUGUCGUCAUUGGACGACUUGACAGUUGAGAGAGCUCGCGCCUUGACAACUAGAGCAAACGAGAGUCCUUUCAAAUUUUACUCGGAUGGCACAGAUAUCGAAAUGUUUUCCGCCAUCUUCAGCGCUCUAAAGCAGAGUUUUCGUGAGAAAGAAGACAAACCUCCGGAAAGGAAUGAAGGUUAUUAUACAUUUGAUCCGUUACUUUAUGGUCCCUUUGGGCAGAGUCUCAAAGCUGAUCACGGAAGAAGAGCAAGGCCAGACCGCGACUACCAGUGGGGAAAACCAGAUGUUGGAUUUCUUGAGUUUGUGGAUAAACUGCUGAUUCAUGCCACGCGGUCACAGGACUUGCCUAUUAUCAAAUUGGUAUUUGAUAUCAAGCUUGUGAAGGCCUCCGGGAUUGAUAGCCUUGCUCUUCUUCAUGAAGCGGCAGCAUCUGGCUGGGUCGAGGGCAUGGCUGCCCUGAUCGGCCUAGGGGCAGAUGUCAACAAUGCACAGAGAACUUGUGAGCAAACACCUCUACACAGAGCUUGUCGAAACCAACGUGAAGCAGCAGUCAAACUGCUCCUUGGAAUCGACAAGAUUGAUGUCAAUGCUCGAGACAGAAAUGGGCGAACACCAAUCAUGGAUCUCAUGACGGCCUCCUAUGAAGAGAAAGCAGUCACUAUAUAUAAGCUACUGGUUUCCGCAGGAGCUUCAAUCCAUAUUCAAGAUACGGAAGGCAACUCGCUUAUGCACUACGCCUUACGAACCUGUAAUGCUACAGUCGUACAAAUGUUGUGCACCGCCGGGUUAAGCAUAGAAUCUCCAAACAAAAGCGGCCAAUUGGCAUUGCACUGGAUGGCUCAUUGGAAGUACUUCGAUCUUCGGAAGCUCGUCACACCCGAUGAAGUCCAACUUGUGAGAAAAAAGCGAAGAGAUUGCAUGAAGGUCGUCUUUCGGCUCUCGAGUCUUGGCUCCCUGGAUUCUCUUUGCGUACAGAGAGCUGCUAGCAUCCCUGUCAUUGACACCCUACUGAGAUUAGGGGCCAAUCCAUACGAUGCAGGGAAAGACGGGCUAGAUUGCUUCCAGCUUUCACUUCUCUGUUCCGAAGAAGCAGGCAGCUGGGAAAUCAUGGGAUGCCUUCGAACCUACGCCAACACUCAUCCUGAUCCAAGACACUAUUUCUGCCAGGGAGGCUUUCUCAUCGCGGCCGAUACUCCCAUACAAAAUGAGGAGACUCGCUACCUCCAGGUUCUGCGCCAGACGGGUGCUAUCAACUGUGAGACGCGGUCGGGUCGUACCCUCAUCUACGAAGCCGCUAGACGAGGAAACACACGCCUGACACGUAGGUUGCUGGAACAUGAUGCGUAUCCACAUUAUGUAGAUGACUUUGGUAGUUCCGCACUGCAUGCAGCAGCCAAGCAGCAAUCUCCGACAACGGUAACCGCCCUCCUACAGGCUGGAGCAGAUGUCCAUCAAACUUCAGUGGACGAGUAUGGCUUCACAGUCACGGGUACACCGCUGCAUGUUUGUCUCGAUGCCUGCGAUGGCUGUAAAAUCAAGACCGAAACAGUCGAAACAGUUCGCAUCCUGCUGAGCUAUGGUGCCGACCCAAAUUAUGCAGCCGUCAAGGAUGACCAUGUAGAGACGAGCAUCUCACUCUGUCUCAAGGCACUGUGCCACUCAGUAUACCAUACCCGACUCGACGCGAUAGCUUCUGAAGAUUCAGAUCACGUGUUACUGGAGGUACUGAAAGUACUGGUUGAUGCGGGCGCGCGAGUCGCCGAGAGCGCGGAUGAUAUCAUAGUUGGGCUUGUUGCGAAAAUGGGAGGCUACGAAUCACUGUGGGAGGAAAUGAGAUCGCAAUUGAUGCUGGGGAGGUCUGAUGCUCUAAGUCUGGGCGUUGAGCGAUGA